AUGGUUUGUGUAACGCCAUCGUCAAAAGAAGGAAAACAGGCGCUAGAUUAUUAGGAAAUUGUGUUUAAUGUUGUUUAUUUAACUUGCCACAUGAAGUAGAAGUAUUUUGAACAUUUGACGCAGAUAACGUGUUGGUUGGGCCUAACCUCAGUGAUUUUUUUGGUCAAUAAAGUAAGUUUGCCUAGUUGAUUAGCUCAAAAGAAGUAACCAUGGGGAAGCGGUACUACUGUGAUUACUGUGACCGAAGUUUUCAAGACAACAUGCAUAACAGGAAAAAACAUUUAAACGGUGUUCAACAUCACAGAGCAAAGAAGGCAUGGUUUGAUAAUUUCCGAGACGCUGCAGCCAUUCUAACAGAUGAACAGACAAAGAAACCUUGUAGAAAAUUCCUUCAGACUGGCCAGUGUGUGUUUGGCCCAAACUGCCGUUUCUCUCACAUGACUGAACGCGAGAUUGAACAUUUGAAGAGAUUGGCAGCAGGUUCAGAUGGAAGGGACCCCAAGGCUGCGUCUGGACGGAGAGGGGCCGCGUCUCAGCCUACAGCGGACGAAUGGCUAGCCAGGAGGGAGAAGAGGAGGGCUGCUCAGGGCAGUGGAAGUGUCCUGAGUGACGAGGAAGAUGAGAAGCCCCUGAGUCUGGACCUUCCGCAUCACUUCCUCUCCAUCCCAGACCUCCCUCCCUCUCUGAUGCCUCCGCCCCCUAGUGGAUGGACCACCGCACUGCAGUCCCAAUGGGGAUGAGCUCCACUCCACUUCAAUCAACACAUUCAUGCCCUUAGGUGCUGGUAUAUGCAGAGUGUGGUCGGGGAGUUAGGAUUGCCUGGACCACCGGCUUUUCCCCAAAGUGCACUCGUGAAUGACUCAGAAUGCCAUUUCGUCUCCUCACUGGACAGAAAAGGAUGAUUGCUCACCAGUCUUCAUGGCUCUUGAGGAAACGUCUGCACUCUGGCUAUGUCAGUUGUCCUGCAUUUAGACAUUCAGAAUGGGGUGUCAUGGCAUGGCAAACCUUUGAAAACCAUCUGAAGCAUGUCAGUUCUGCCUGAUACCCAAGCAAAUGUGAGCCGACAGAGGAUUUGAUCCCUGUGGUUCAUUAAAUGACUUGCUGCCGUCAUCUGUAUGGGUAGCGGUGGAGACGUAUGGAUUUCUGGAGUUUUUCCGUGGAACGGCCUUGGAGACACGACCGGCUGCGAGCGUUUCUUCAGAUGCUUAACUUGUACAUCUUGAAGAUCUGUGUCACAUUAGCAUUUUGAUUGCAUAACAUUUUAUUGACUUGGUUACAGAUAUUUUGGCAGAAAAGAAGUUCUACUUUUGAUGAAUUAUUCUGUUUUAUAAUUUUUGUAUGUCUCCUCUGUAGAUCAUGAUUAAAUGACUGAGGAAAUGAA